AUGCUCAUAUUUGCCCUGCUUGGUCUUUUCUUUUCGGGUCUGGAGCUUGAUCGCGUAUCGACCUGGCCUGCCUUUGUCAAGGUGGACAAGUUUCUGAUCCUGGUGCCGAUCUUAUUCAAUCUCAAAGGUAAUCUGGAGAUGAACCUAUCGAUGCGCAUGACGACGGCUGUACGUUGUGACGCACUGACGCAGGCCAAUAUGGGUGAGCUAGACAACUACCGCACGCGUCGUGCACUCGUGACAGGCAACAUGGCCCUGCUCCAGGUGCAGUCGCUGAUUGUGUCUUGUGCGGCAGGUAUUCUCUCGUUUGAGCUGGGGCACCAUGACCGCAGCGAGUCGAACGACAUGGCACGCCGCGGUCCUGUGCAUUCGACCAAGCCUGUCAUGGACAAGGCGCUGCGACUACGGGAUGGGUACUUUGAAUUUGCGCUGGUACUUUCCGUGGCGCAGUUUACGGCGUCGAUUUCGUCGGCGUUCCAGGGCGCCUUCGUAUGUGCAUGCACGAUAUGGGCUCGGUACUUUGGACUUAACCCCGAUAAUAUCGUCGUGCCACUCGCAGGAUCGUUCGGCGACCUUGUAACCAUGACAUGCCUGAGUCUCUGUGGUUCUGCUUUCGUGUUCUUCGAGGGCACGGGGUUUGCAACUGCCCUCUUUGUCGUACUGAUACUGGCCUCUUUGGUCUUUGCAGUUAUGACCGCACGCAACGCCUAUGUGCAUGAGCUUCUAGGCUCCGGUUGGCUGUCUCUUUUUGCAGCGGCCGCCCUCAGCUCGCUGGCUGGGCUUGUGCUAGAAAGAAAUGCAGGACGAUACCAUGGAUACCCCCUCCUCGCGCCGGUCAUCGCGGGCAUCCCGGGCAUCACAGCGGCCGUGCAUGCGUCGCGACUGACCUCGGCCCUGCAUUCCAAGCACUUCGUGGCACGCACACGGCCCUCGCACGGUGCCGGCUACAUACCCGUGGACGCGCAGGCAGCUGAGGCAUCCCCACCGAUGAGCUGGCGCCAGCAACUACUCGAGUCGCUGCAGCCCCAAGUGCUCGAAUGGGACUCUCCCAUCGUGCUCCUGUUCCAUGCGGUCGUUGUCCAGGCACUCUUUGUCUUGGCACUGCAUCUGAGCGGGACACUCAUUAUUGACUGGGCAUUUUCGGUGGCGCUCAUCACCGUCUGCAUCCUCCUCGCAGCAGGAGCACUGGCACUCGCCCAUACCUUGUGUCUCUUCUUGUGGUACUGGGAUUAUGACCCCGAUACAACCUGUCUUCCCAUCACGUCCGCUCUGGUGGAUGCCAUGGCUCAGGUGUGCUUACAGGGUGCCUUUGCCGCCACUCAAAAAAUCACCUGA